AAAGUCACAGUACAUGAAGUACAUCAAAGUCAAUCAUGUCGUCUGUCCGUUGAGAUUAUUAUUACUGUGGUCCGUUAUUUGCAUAAGCUUUCAUUGCAGUAUCGACCAUCGACUUAAUUAGAAUUAAUUAAGAAGUUGUUUAGCAGUCAGUGAUAUAAGUCAGUCUGUCUAGAGUAGUCCAGCCAGACAAACACAAAAAUAACGAAGAAAACCUGCUGGCUGUCUGAAGAUAGAUUAGGUACCUACAUAGUCUGCUGAACCAAACUUGUUCCUGAAAAUAUUUAUUUCAUUGUAAUGAACCUGUAGCUGUACUUCAAACAAAGUGAAACUUGGAAUUGUUCAUCAACGUAACGUAAACAAAAAGCAAUAUCUGAAUAUUAAUGGUUAUUCGAUAAAAGGUUAGGUUGCCUAAGGCAAAAUGAAUUUUGUAUCAAGAUUUGGAGGAAGCAAAUGUUUAAUAAAAAGACUAUGUGUUAACAAAUCAAGAUACAUUUCAAAUCAGUCAAUUCUUGGAAUAGAAACAUCCUGUGAUGAUACAGGCUGUGCAAUCAUUAAUGAUCAAGGGGACUUACUUGCAGAAAGUUUACAUUCCCAACAUUUGAUGCAUUUGAGAAAUGGUGGCAUUAUACCAGACGUAGCUCAAGAUCUACACAGGUCUAAUAUCAAGUCAAUUGUAUCAAAUACAUUAGACAAAGCUAAACUCACAGUGGAAAAUAUUUCAGCAAUAGCGGUCACUUUAAGACCAGGUCUUCCACUUAGCCUUGCAGUGGGCAUGAAAUAUGCAAAACAAUUAGCACGCCGUUACAAAAAACCUAUAAUACCAAUCCAUCACAUGGAGGCUCAUGCUUUAGUUGCUAGGAUGCAUCACAAUAUAAAAUUUCCCUUUUUGGUUUUAUUAAUAUCUGGUGGUCAUUGUCUACUGGCUGUUGCUCAAAAUGUUAAUAAAUUUAAACUUCUGGGUGAAAGUAUGGACAGUGCCCCUGGUGAAAUGUUUGAUAAAGUUGCAAGACAAAUGAAACUAAGGAAUUUGCCUGAAUAUUCAAAAAUAUCAGGAGGUCAAGCAGUUGAACUGGCUGCAUCAAAAGCCAGCAACCCACAUAUUUUUAAACUGCCCUUGCCAUUAGCUGAGUAUAAAGAUUGCAAUUUUAGUUUCAAUGGUUUAAAAACAGCAGUUUUACUUCAUCUCCAUAGAAAAGAAAAAGAGCAUGAUAUUGUAGCUCAUCGAUUAAUACCGGAAGUGAAUGAUUUAUGUGCUGCAAUGUUAAUGGCUACAUCAAGACAUUUAGUACACAGAACACAGAGAGCAAUUGCAUUUUGUCACAAUAAUAACCUGAUACCACCUGAUAAUAAACAGCUGGUGGUUUCUGGUGGAGUUGCUUGUAAUAAUUACAUUUUCAAUGCUUUGACCACAUUAUGUAAUGAAAUGGAUUAUCAAAUUUACAGACCACCUCCUAAAUUAUGUACUGAUAAUGGAAUAAUGAUAGCUUGGAAUGGAUUCGAAAAAUGGAGGCGAAACAUUGAUAUAGUUACAGAUUAUGACUCCUUAGAUAUAAAAGCUUCAAGUCCUUUGGGUGAAAAUUUAAUUCAAGAUGUUAUUUCGGCAAAAAUACCUAUGAAAUUGAUGAAAUUAAAGUUAUGAAAAUUGU